AAAGUCCCACCUUCUUUUAAACUACUCUGAUUUUGCGGUCUCAUUAGACUUUGUGGACUUCUGAGCUGGAUGUGCUCAUCAUUUCCAAUACAGUGUUUAAAAGUGAGCAACUCUUACUGAUUGCUUUUCGGGUAUACCUGUUUUGAAUAAGUAAAAUGUUUCAUUUUAGGAGAACCUUUGAGGAGGAAACGACUCAAUUGCAGGAGCUAAACAAAAGGCUCAGCCAGUAUCUGUCUAGGGUAAAGCAACUGGAACAAGAAAAUGCCUUUCUUAUAUCAGAAAUAAACACAGUUAGGCGUGAAAAUACUUCCACAUGGGAGAACCAACAUAUGGCUGAGUUGCGAGAGCUCAGGAGAACGGUGGAUCAGCUGUCUUUAGAAAAGUUCAAGGCAGAGAUGGAGCGAGAAAAGCUCUGUCGAGAACUUAAGAUGAUUCAGGCACUGCGCUUACAAGAAUCCGGAGAACGCAACGAUAUCAGUGGGGAGUUGAAAACCUCUGAGAAGCAGCUUCGGGAAGUUCAGAAAGCAAACGGUGCGCUAGAAAGUCGCUUGCUCCAGCUUCAGAAUGAGUGCAACUGUCUGGAGGAUGCCCACAAAAGGGAAAUCGCUCAGUUUCGUGACCAGGUUCAUUCAGGAGCAUUACCUGUUUUUAUCCAAAAACGUCCUGACCCCCCCGAAAUCAGCAUGGAAGAGUUUGACAAAUAUGCGCGUACUUUGUCGGAGACCUGGAGGGAGACCUUUGAGGUAUACUGCAAGAGAAUUGCCGAUAUCGAAGAAUCGCUCCGGUUAGACGAGGUAAAGCUCGAAAAUCUGCUGAAGGAGAAGAUGCAGUAUACAUCAGAGGUUAAGAAACUUAACAACGAAGUGGAGAAACAAAACCAAUUGCGGGUGCACCUUGAGGAACAUCUAAGGAACAUGCAAGCUAGCUUUCCCAAGGAACUGGACCAAUACCGGGUGAUUAUUGAGGAACUGGAGGAGGAGUGCAGGAUGCUUGCCAAUGCCAUCAGCAAGAAGCUCAAAGAUCACCAAGACCUCAUGCAGAUCAAGAUGGGCCUAAGCCUGGAAGUGGCCACCUACAGGGCACUUCUUGAAGGUGAGAAUACAGAUGAGUAUGUGUGGACAGACCACCGUGCAACAGAACCAUUUAGAAAAAUUGAUAUUCAGAUGCCUCCACACCCUUAUGCUACAAAAGGAGCAUCCAUGAGCAGGCAAGAUGGAAGAAAAUGGAAGCCUUCAAACAUAAGUUUUGACAGGAAAUACAUAGAACCAACAUCACAUACGAAAGUUUCUUCUGGUGUCACAAGGAUAGUCCCUAUUAAAUUUUAUGGUGUGGGUCAACAUAGCUCCCCAUCCCAGAAGGACCUGCUCUCAAUCACUAGAGCACCACAGGCUUCUACUAGCGUUGUCAAAGGAGUCCUGAAUACUGAGGAAAAUGUUCACACCCAGGAAAAAAUAAUAGAAGAGAAAACUGCAAUGAACAAUAUGUCACGGCAUUCAGUUGAUGAUUCAGUCAUUUCCCAGCAGGCCGGCCUCAAAGUCAGAUCUAAGCUUGGUUCUUUAGCUACAGAGGACAGCACAUCAGUGAGAGUGACAUCACCAUCAACUGUGAGCAAGGUUUUAAAUGUAAAUGAUGGGAAUUGGGGAACCACAUAUGUAAAGGUUGAAAAAACUAACCUUGAAAAAGAGAGUGACCUGGACACAGUCAGUAUGACCCAGGGGAAAAGCAGAGCAGGGGAUCAGAUUAUGGGAAACGCUGAUAACACAGCAGUGACAGAAGACUGCUUAGCUGGGAAUAAGAUUGAAAGUCAAGUUUCAAAUUCAGGUUCACAGUUUGAAAAGAAAUGCACUGUUAGGGAGCCAUAUGUAGAGCACAGACCACUUGCAACUGAAGAAAAUGUUCUGGAAUCAAUGACUGUAGAAGAGAUCAUUGAGAAAGUAGUGAAACCUUCUGGUUUGGAUACAACGGUAACCUGCCAUGUGGAGAAAUCAGAAGAGGAACAUGGAAGACUCAGGACUGAAAUAAUUUUGCAAUCUAAGGUGGAGGAUGACUUGGAUGUCUCAGAUGAAUCUGUUCUAGAAGAAUUCCUCAGUAAGAAAGUAAAGAACGUUGUAUUAGAAGACAUAAAGGGAACUCCCACAGGAAGUAUGAUUGAAAAUCUGCUUAGCUUUGGUCUGCAGGGAGAAAAAGGUCUUAAAAAUAAAUCGGUCAAUAUUGAGAUUGUUGAGGAACCAGUGGACUCUCAAAAUAAUGAGGAAUAUGAAGUAAAGGAGACAAGUCAAUUUAAUCAGCCCUCUUCGUUGUUCUUUGCAAUUGAGGAGCUUGCAAAUGUUGAUGAGCGUUCCAGACAUUCAGAUGAUCACUUUGAAGAAAACAGAGCUCCAGUAACUCCUGGAGGAGAGGAUGAAAAGAUUGGAUCUGUUCACGUUGUAGAAAGUUCAAGAGACCAGGGUGCUGCAUUAUUUAGCCAGGAUCAAGAAACUGAGUAUUUUGUAUCUACACCAGAUGAUGAUAUUUCAGAGACGGAUGAUGUUCCUCUUUCAUCGUAUGGACAUUAUGUAGCGUUGGAUGACUUAUCAGAUGAACGGUAUUAUCAGGAUGGGGGCCUAAUCAACGAAAGAUUUAAAAAGGAUGACCACUAUGAGGCUUUACCUAAAACUACUUAUGUGAGAAGUGAACAUAUAUUUCCUAGAGACAGCUUCCAGGAUUGUAUUAUAGAAGAGGAAGUUCAUGUCUCUCCCACAGUGCAGGAAUCCCUUCUUGAGUUCCUAAGAAAAGACAAUAUGGAUCCAAAGGAGUACUUACAAGGGACUUUGGGGCAGUUACAAGGAACAAUAUCUGGGACUGUUAAGGAAGAGUUGGCUCUUUUCACAAAAACUGAUCAAGAAGCUUCUGGUAACUUGGCAGUUGAUAUUAGGAAAGUUCAGCAGGCUAAAGACAGUGGAACAGUGACUAUUGUAGCAGAACUUAACAUUUCCCAAAAUCUGGAAGGCUCUGGACUUCUGGAAGAGCAGGGGGAAGAUUUUGAGGCAAAGUUAUUGUCAGCACUACACUCAUGCAAUCCAGGUGUACAGCAAAUAAUCAGCAGCAGAAGUGAAGUUACAAUUAGCGAAGAAAAUGGGGAACGCCUGGAUGGUAAAGUGGCAGGUGAAGAUCAAGAGCAACACCUAGCCCCAGAAGAACCAACAAAUCAAAUAAACAAAACAGAGAAACACAUUAAGCUGGGGCCAUCUGAAAAGUCAUUUACUUUCCAGAUGGAUGUCAGUGAUGUUAAACCAGCAGUAUCUUGUGGGAGUUCCGGGGAGGCCUGCAGUUCACAAGGUCUGAGAAUCCAAAAAGAUAACAGCCAUGAGGUGAAAGAAGACAUCUAUAGCUAUGUGGAGAAAGCAAACACCCCUGUGGACCAGGAAGAAGCGCCUAGCCUUGAAGGCCAUGUAAAUGAAAAAAGAAUUGCAACAGUCUACCUAGAAAGUCAAGAGGAUAAUUGAUUACUGUCGAUUAUUUUUCCACCUGCAACGUGGACCAGGAUGAUGAGGAAGAAGAUGGAUGGAUGGAUGAUGGAUGGAAUUUCCAUCCGUGAAGUGGCUAAAAUCUCACAUUAGCUGAAACAUUGUAAACAUUUAAUAGACUGUUGCUAUUGUUAGAAGAUCAUUUUAAAUAUGUGCUAUAUGCUAAAUGCUAUGGUUGGAAUGAAAUCAUUGUCUUGAUAACAAUACAUAGAGCUUGAGGAGAUUUCUGUAUUUCAUAUUAGAAAAUUGCAGUGAUUGCUUGCUUCAUUUAAUUCAAGAUUUUAUGCAGGAAAAAUUAUUAAAAGUUACAGUGCUAAUAGUUAGUAGGCACCUCAUAGAAAUAUUAAUCUAUAACAUAGCUCUAGAAAUAUAAAGACAGUAAAUGCAUUAUAGAGGGAGUUUAGUUACGGGUAUAUCAGAGCAGAAGUUUUUUUAAAGUUGAUUAUACAACUUACGGUAUUCAUUUAUAUAAUUAAAUCAUUUUACAAAAUUAUUAAAACCAAGUAUAUCAACACUCAGUUUUAGUUAUGAUGACUCAGUUCUGCAGCUGAAAAAAUGAUGCUUUUUUCCCUUGUGAUUUAUGAUCUUUUAAUUAUAAAAUGUCAUUAGACAUUAGGCAGCAAAAUAUCACCAUCUUUUGAUAGAAUGAAGACCGAAGAAACAAAUAUGAAUUUCAUAGAGAUCUUUCCCCUAAAAAUGCAUCAUCACAAUGAACCAUACCCAAGGUUACUGCUCUGUUAAAAAUAGUAUAUAUACUGGUACAGCUACAGUUAUCAAUAGACCUAUAGCAAUAAGUAAAUACAUUGUAACAUAAUGAUGGAUAAGAAAAUGCUCACAUGGAAAAUGUUUCUUGUAAUGUUCUUUUAUUCUAACAUUAGUGAUACAUCUCAAAACCUCUAGUGAUUGAAGGAACAGUGUUAUUGGGAAUAGCUUGGCUUGAAUGAGCAGGCCAGAUGUACAUGCCCUGUAACAUGCUUCUAAAACCUGAUGUGCUAAAGAAAUGCCACACAUUGUUGGCUAAAUAAGGAUGAUGAAUCUUUCCCCCCCACAUAAUAUACAUUCUUCGAGCAUUGAUCAGUCGUACAAAUAAAACAUAUCUUACAGUGUUA